AUGAAACGAAUCUUGCAAGCUCGUCCUAGCAUGUUUAACUCGGAAGAUGAGGCAAUACAAUGGGCUGCCAAAAACAACCAUGUUAAAAAUAUCGAACUUGCUCGUCUAACCAUCAUCGACCAACUUAUUAAAAUCCCAUCAGGAAAAUUAAUAUGGCGUACUGACCUGCAAAAAACAAGUCAUCAUUGGAAAGAUUGGUUUGACAAUCUAUCAGAAAAGUUUUUGGCUGUUCGCGCCGGUCGUUUGUUGGUUCUUGCAGAGGCAGAUCGACUUGAUAAACCACUCACGAUUGGGCAGAUGCAAGGCAAAUUCCAAAUGGAGAUUUAUCUUGAAAGUGGACAUAAUAUUCAAGAGGAUGCUCCAGAUAGGCUUGCCAGAGAUUUACACGAAUUUUGGAAGCGUAAUCAGUCUUUGUUUGAACUUCAACACAAUGAAUUGAUUUCAAAAAUACCAAAUUGGACUGUUGAACCCGAAUGUUUUAUUUUGCGUUCAACCCUUGUUUUAGUUACGAUCAGCAGACUAUCUGACACUAUUGCGAUGGACAAUCGACCACUUCCUUCUGGAUGGGUGCAGCAAUGGAGUGCCCAGUACUCCCGUCACUUUUUUUAUGAUACUACUCGCAAUGUGUCCAGCUGGGACGAUCCCCGAGGUCCUGCACCUGGCCCUCCUCCACCUGGACCACCUGGACCACCGCCAUCAUCGGCACCUUCUGCUCCUCCUCCAUAUCAGCCUAUUGAGUCAGACCGCGGCGGUCCAGUCCCACCACAGGGUUAUGGUCCACCACAACCUUAUAUGCAACAACCUCCUCAGCAACCUUAUAUGCAGCAGCCUCAGCAACCUUAUAUGCAACAACCUCAGCAGCCUUAUAUGCAACCACAACCUUAUAUGCAACCACAGCCUUAUGGUGCUGCCCCUAUGGUCACUCAAGUAGCCCCACAAGCUCCCUCAAAGCCUGGUAUGUUUGGUUUUGGUAAACCUAGUGGCGGUUCCGCAUUGGGUACAGCAGGCGCUGCCAUGGCUGGUGGUGCCGGCGGUGCUGUUCUUGGAUCGUUGGUUGGCAAGAUGUUCACUGGCGGAGGUGGUGGUGGGGGCGGUCUUUUUGGAGGAGGUGGUGGUCUCUUUGGAGGUCAUCAUCAUCAUCACAGUGGAGGCUACAACGAUUACAACGACUACAAUGGUGGUGGUGGAGGUGGUAAUGUCUACAAUACUUACGAAACUACCAACAAUACUUACGAAACCAACAACGAAACUUAUAAUGACAACGUCACGUAUGAUAAUGACAACAUCUCGUAUGAUAAUGACGGCGGUGGUGGUGACUGGUAAUGGAUGUUCUUGGCAAGCAAGCCAUCUAUUUGGUUUAGCAUGAAUUCUGGCUGCUAUGUAUUAGGCUUUCAAAGAUAUUCUUACUGAUCGUAUAGGAAUUGAAUGUGCAUCUAUUGGGAUCUUGCACUGGCGAUAAUUAUGGCUUUGGAUUUAUCAUUCGAGUAUCUUGGUUUGUCUAUUCCACAGCCGUAUUCUCAUAAAAUGAAACACUUUUGUAUUGGUCCUGU